AUGCAUCUGACACUACCUGCACUCUGGCUGGCGACUCCCACCCUCGCCAGCUAUGCCUUCUAUGUCGGCAAGCACCUCACCGCGGACGGCGCCGUCCUCCUCGGCGGCACCGGCGAAGAGGUUUCAUCCCACUGGCUGCAGCUCUUCCCCGCGGCCACGCACCCGCCCAACGCAACCGUCAUCGUGGGCGUCACCGCCGCUGCCAUCAUCCCCGGCGAGCGCAUCGCCAUCCCGCAGGUGCCCCGCACGCACCGCUACCUGAGCAUGGAGUACUCCGACUUUGAGGGCUUCCCCGCGCCGCUUACCAACGGCGGACUCAACGCCCAAGGCGUUGCUGUGCGCGACGUCUGGGCCACCAACCACGACGAGCUCGUCGCCAUGACGCCCACGCCUCAGCGCGGCGUGCAGUAUGCCGACCUCGCGCGUCUUGUCCUGGAGCGCGCCGACACGGCGCGCCACGGCGUCGAGAUCAUCGGCGACUUGAUCAGGAAGCAUGGAUAUGCGACCUAUGGAGGCAAUACACAUCUUAUUGCGGACAAGGAGGAGGGCUGGGUGGUGUGGGAGUUUGCGGGCGGCAAGGGACUGUGGGCGGCCGAGCGACUCGGUGCAGACGAGGUUCGCGUGCUGUAUCCAGGAUACAUCGAGGAUUUUCCUACCAAUUACGCAAAUACCACCGACUACAUGGGCUCCGAGAAUCUGGUCUCCUUUGCCGUCGAACAGGGCUGGUGGAGCGCAUCCUCGGGCAAGCCAUUUAACAUAUUCAACAUCUACGGCGUGCAGGGCAACGUCACCGCCCGCGAUGGCGGCUUCAAGUACAUGUCGCAAGCAGACCUUAAGUCCGCCACCCUCGCCAUGGCGCCCCUGACUGAGACCAAGCUCAUGGAGCGCGUGCGCGACCCCCGCAUCGCCGACGACCAGGCCGGCUACGGCCAAGUAGUGCGCCUGCACGCCGAUACUCCCCCAGACCUCCUCCGGCUCUGGAACGCACCCACUGGCUCCGUCGCCGCGCCGUUCCUACCGUGGUGGCUGGGCGUCACCUCGGUGCCGCCCGAGUACGGCGCCCACCGGUACCUCACCGCCGGUGCCUCGGGCAGCUUCCUGCAUCCCGACUUCCAGCUGCAGGAGGCGUCGACCUUUGCGGGGCGGCUGUUCAAGCGCGUGCUGUACUACAUGUGCUCGGCGCCCGAGGCGUUCCUGCCGCUUGUGACACGCAUGCUGGUCGCGUUUGAGGCGCGGUCGGUGCAGGACCUGGCGUGGGUGGAAAAGGCGGCGCGGGUGUUGCUGGAUGGCGGUGAUGCUGAGGCGGCCAGGGAGCUGCUCACGCACUAUGCGCACACGCGCGCGGACAAGGCCUUGCAGCUGGGAAGGACCAUGGCGGAUGCCCUGGACGGCUAUGUCAAGCUUUCCGGGCAGUGGAGGGACCCGGUUGGGAAUGAGAUAAAUGAUGGCGGGCAAGGGGCUGAGACCGUGAACUGCCUUGUGGGCUUUGAUCCGGAUAAGCCGCGGCCGGUACCGGAGGGACAUCGAUUACGGAAGCAGAUGCGUUUUUGA